AUGACCGCACAAGCACCUCCAAGUCUCCCCCUUCCUUACAACGCUCCAGUCCGCAUCCUAGUUCAGACCGUGACAGGACUCGUCCCCAAAGACCUGGGCUGGACCGACAAUGUAUGGGACGAUAAGAACACCUCUAUGGUGAACCGCAUCUCACGAUACCACUGGGAUGAGGCGUAUUGGUUGCUUAGAACACAUAGAAUCCGAUAUUAUGUCUACGGCUGUGACUACGGGUAUGAUAACCGGCGCUGCUACUUUCUGGUCGAUCAGGGCUUUACGUCGAAUGAUGAGAAGGUGCCUAUCUUGUGCUGGGCGUGGACGGGAGUGGGUUUCAAAUACACGCCCUCGUUCCUUCAAAGGAAAAAAGUCCAGGACACACUAAAACGGUACCCCUUUACGCGGAGGCACGUGUACGUGCAGCGCAAUGUGCGGCGCAAGGAGCUGUCCAUCAGACACCAGGUACUAGAUGGACUCCGCAAAGAAAAGAAGAUCGCCGAGGAUAAGCUAUUAUUUAUGCUGGAGCAUCCCGGCGAUAUAGAGUGGUUGGCGGAUCAUAUUAGGUCGGAAUUCUGGCCGAAGUUUUUGGCGCAGGUGAAGAGGGUGCCGAAGGAGAAACUAGAGGCUACGGUUUCGUGGAAAAUUAAGAAGAGGGCUUCGUCUAGGUCAAGAAGAGGGAAUCGAAGUUGA